CGGCCAUCUAAAAGAUAUUUUCCAGUACCUCGACCUUCCAAAGACCAAAAAGCUUCUGAAAGGUGGUUCAAAGCAUGUAAUAGAACAGGGAUUUGUUCGCCCAUGAGUAACUUUUGUUGCUGUGAAGAUCAUUUUGAUAAUAGAGUGAAAAAAGUUGUUUGAGAAAACCUGAAAUAGCUGCAACUUUAUUUUUUAAUUAAUUUUAAAAGUCAAGCACACGGGUAUUCAGAAUUUCAGUGCUGUGCAUGUAACAUCAUAUGGCGUGUGUCCUAUAUUACACUGCUCUUGGGUGCUACAUUGAGAAAUAGAGGAAAAUUGAUAGUAUAUUAGAUAAUGGCUACUGGAGUCAAAAAAAAAAAAUUAUCGAUGCUUUGUGCCCCAUUGCACAUCAACUUCAGUUCAGACACCAAACAAAAGAUUUCUGUGUGUACCAAGAAGAGGAGAAGAUAUAAGAAAGAAAUGGUUCAAACUGUGUCAGCACGAAAUGGUUACAACCAAAAAGUACUGCUGUGAAGACCAUUUUGAUCUUGAAAAUGACGUUGUCAAUAUGGUGCAACAUAAGUUAACUGGCUGUAAAUUGAAAUUAAAACAUGGUGUUUUGCCAAGUAUUUUUGACUGUCAAAAGAAUAGGCAGUGUUUUCAUUCUACAAAACGGGAUCACUCCUGUGUAAUGUAUGAAGACAAAAAAUCCUCUUGUUGUGGUGACAAGAAGAAAUCUUUGCUAAGGAAAGAGAGAGCAUGGAGAAGAGAAAGGAAAAAAAUUGUUGCUGAUCUGUUGCGGGCUUCAAGUACGGAAUCCAAGGAAUCAGAUCAUGUUUCGGAGCUUAAGAGCUCUUCAGCAUCUACUGCUCCUUUGUUACCUGAUGAAGAUCAAACAAACAAUAUCAAAAUUAAGAAUGAAAUCUGUGAUACCAUGGAUAUGGACACGAAAGCUGAAGCUCUUGAGAAGGUAGUUAUAAAAGAAGAGCCUAAAAGCGAUUCAGAAAUAUCAGAAUCUGAAGAAAGUGAAUUGAACUAUGUCUUAGAUAUGGUAAUGCAAGAAAAUAAAGAACAUGAAGAAAAUAGUAGUAGCUACAGCAGUGAAACAAAUCAAGACUCUGCUGUUCCAGAAUUCUCAUUGGAAUUUCUAAAUGAAGAAAAUGCAGAAACAGUAUUGCCUGAUGAGCCUGCUGUUUCUGGGUGUGAAGAAAUGAACUCGAAUGAAUCUUCAACAACUUUUAAUGAAACUCUGUCCUUUCGUUAUCAACAGCCUUCAAGGCUUUCAAACUGGGAAGGUGACUAUGCAUUUAAAAUAAAAGUUUCUUGUGAGUCAAGUGGCAAGAACAGUUUUUCUGUUUAUUCCGACAUUCUGAAGAAAUUGUUCAUUUCAAAAGAUGUUGGGUUUCGCAUUUUAGUGUAUGCCGAAAAUGUUCCUCCUGGAUGUAAAUUAAGAGCUUCUGCAAUUUUUUCUCAGCAAACUCGUAAAAAUGACAUUGUUACCAGAUGUCCAGCUCAUGCUCAGGAAGACAGAUUGAAAGGUAUGAAACAUUAUUUUCAUGUAGUCCAAAGUGUCACCUCACAGGCUCUCUAUGAGAUGGAUUUAGCUACUGGACAGUUUAGUGUUGUUGUUCCAUAUGAAGAACCUCAAAAGGGUGAACUCUAUACUGUGUAUGGAUAUAAACUAACAUGUUUUAAUUCUUGCUCGAGGGGAAUUAACAGAAGACCAUUUGUUAUACUGUAUACUUUAGAAAAAAAUGGAGUUGUACUUGGGAAAUAUACUGUUGAUGUAAAAGUUUGUGCUUGUCCAACUAGGGAUUUGCGUUUGGAACUACUAAGGCUUCAAAGCAAUUCACCAGAUUCAAAACCAGAUGGAGAAAACUGCGAUGAAACAAAAACUUAUUCUUUAACGGUUGACAAUGCAGAUUUAUACAAAUUUUUAAAUCAGAUGAAAGUCCUUUAUGAAAGCAGCGAUUUUGUCAAAUGUGUAACCAAUAUGGGUGAAUAAUUUGUUCUAACAACUUUCAAACAAGUUUUCAAGUAUGGACUGCUCUUCUUCAUAAAUUACUGUUUACAAAUUUGUAUAUAAUCUUUCUCCAUACUCAGUUCUUCGGCUGUCAACUCAUCUUUCAUCACUAUGUAUUUUUUGUAUACUUCUAAAACUAUUUUAUAAGAAUAUAAUAACAUGUUUUGUUGGAUGUAAAUAUUCAUUAUAAUUA